AUGUAUUUCGGUGCCUCACAAGAGCCUCCGUCGAAGAAGCGGAGGUUCUUCAAGGAGCCGGCUGAAGAAACACUACGUCUCGCAACACGCAGCCCCAAGCCCAGCAGUUCGCCACCACACGAAAAGCCGCUUAAGCGCGAGGACGAGAAGCACGCCGCCUUUGCCGAGAUACCCGAGAACGAAGCGCUACCGGAACGGUCUGCAUCUGUGCAGCCGCCUGGCGAACCGAAGCAAGAAUCGUCUUCGGUGACAUUUGACCCAGUCUUGUUCGAAAGCUUCAUAGGAGACAAGCUCAGCCCUGAUGCCCUGACCAUCAUCCGGGACAAUUGCGGAGACAGCCUCGAGCGAGCCGUCAAUAUGUACUUUGAUGGAACAUACAAGAAACUGUCAAAAUCCGCGUCACAGGGAAUGCUCGGUCGGUCUCCCUCCACUGGUCACGAUCGGGCAGAGCCGAGCUCUGCACCGCCGCUGCCCGCCGUUCGUCCGAGCAUACCACGGUCGAGGUAUGUCGGCGCUUUUGGUGUUGAAGGCUGGGCCACGCGGAGUGGAGCAAACAUUCUCAAACAUGGCGAUGUUGUCAAGAUAGAACGGCAGAAGAUUCAACCCCCUCAGCGACCCACGGUCAAGGCCAAGCUGGGCGCUCCGAGCACACCUGUACGGGCCAAUCCUGCGGCAUCACGGCGGGUUGAUGUCAUUGUUCGAUUCACGAAUCAAUCAGGCGCCGAAAUCGGACGACUAGCCAAGGAUACGGCCAACUGGGUGUCGACGCUGAUGGAUCAGAACGUGUGCAUUUUUGAAGGAACCUGCGUUUAUGCUCCCGAUCACCUUCGGACGAAUGACACCGUGUUUCUGCAACUGCGUUGUUCCCUUCUGAACUCGGCAUUUGCGAAACGAAGCUUCAAGCUCGCGGACGACAGACCCACCAAUUUCUACCAGCAAAGCGAGACGACCGACGAGAAGGAGCUCAGACUACGCCAGGUGGCUCUGAUCAGGCUGUUCCAGGAGAUCAACCUUCAACCCACAAUGAAGCAGAAAGAUCCCAAAAAGACCGCUGCAAACAAGGGGCCCGAGUCGCCACCAAACUCUUCUGAUGCUGAGGAGGGUGAAGAGCUCGAACAAGACCAACUCGAUGCUCUAUACAAGAAGGCGCAAUGUUUCGAUUUCAGCACCCCGGAAGCUGAGCCUGCCGAAACCUUUGCGAUGACGCUUCGACCAUAUCAGAAACAGUCGCUCUACUGGAUGAUGGCCAAGGAAAGGGACGAGAAAAGCAACAGAGAGCCAUCCAUGCAUCCCCUGUGGGAAGAAUACACCUGGCCUGUCAAGGAUGUGGACGACAAAGACUUACCCAUAACUGAAGGGCAGCCCAAAUUCUACGUCAAUCCAUACUCGGGAGAUCUAUCGCUUGACUUCCCGGUCCAGGAGCAGCACUGCUUGGGAGGCAUCCUAGCCGACGAGAUGGGCCUAGGCAAGACGAUUCAGAUGCUCAGCUUGAUUCACUCUCACAGAUCAGAGGCUGCUCGCAAGUCCCGGCUCUCUGCUGGCGGCAUCUCUAAUGUAAACCAGUUGCCAAGACUGGGCGCGAAUUCCGCAAGCGUUCUUUGGGCUCCUUGCACGACCCUGGUCGUUGCGCCAAUGUCGCUGCUCGCGCAGUGGCAGAGCGAGGCCGAAAAGGCGUCUCAACAAGGGACUAUGAAAAUUGAACUGUACUAUGGCAACGACAAGACAAGCAACCUUCAAGCAUUGUGCUGCAGCGCGAAUGCUUCCAGCGCUCCGGAUCUCGUCAUUACCAGCUACGGCAUCGUUCUCUCGGAAUUCGGCAGCAUCGCGGCCAAGAACGGCGACAAGUCUUUUCACAACGGUCUAUUCUCAUUGAGGUUCUUCCGCGUCAUUCUUGACGAGGCUCAUCACAUUAAGAACAGAGCUUCAAAGACCGCCAAAGCGUGCUACGAGAUAUCUGCCGAUCACCGGUGGGUGCUAACAGGCACGCCCAUCGUCAACAAGCUUGAGGACUUGUUUAGUCUUGUGCGCUUCCUCGCAGUCGAGCCCUGGAACAACUUUUCGUUCUGGAAGACUUUCAUCACGUUGCCAUUUGAAGCCGGGGACUUUAUGCGCGCGCUCGACGUUGUACAGACGGUGUUGGAGCCGCUCGUCAUGCGGCGAACCAAGGAUAUGAAGACCCCGAACGGCGAGCCGCUGGUGACGCUCCCACCCAAAGAGAUUGAGAUUGUGAAUGUCGAGCUGUCCAAACCGGAGCGAGAAAUCUACGACUACAUCUUCAUGAAGGCAAAACGGACAUUGUCUAACAAUGUCGAGGCAGGGACCGUCAUGAAGGCGUUUACCACCAUCUUUGCACAGAUUCUGCGGCUGCGCCAAUCCUGCUGUCAUCCAGUCAUGGUCCGUAACCAGGACAUUGUCGCGGAUGAGGAGGUGGCUGGAGCUGCGGCAGAUGCAGCGGCUGGUUUGGCCGACGACAUGGACCUUGAGUCCCUCAUCACACAGUUCACAGCCGCGGCGGAUGAAGCUGUCAAGAACAGCAAGUGCACGCUGUGCUUUGAGGAUCCGAUGAAGGAUCAGCUCGUUACCGGCUGCUGGCAUUCGGCCUGCAAGAAGUGUCUACUCGACUUCAUGAAUCACGAAAGCGAUCGUGGCGUCGUCCCGCGAUGCUUCAAUUGUCGCGAGCCUCUCAACAAGAGGGAUCUGUUUGAAGUGGUUCGACACGAUGACGAUCUGGAUGCGCUGUCCAAGCCUCGCAUCAGCCUUCAACGGUUGGGCGUCAACGAAUCCUCGGCCAAGGUGGCGGCGCUAAUUUCCCACCUACGGGACAUGCGGAGGGAGCAUCCAAGCAUGAAGUCUGUCAUCUUUUCCCAGUUCACGUCGUUUCUGUCCUUGAUUGAGCCAGCUCUUUUGCGAGCAAACAUCAAGUUCCUGCGCUUGGACGGCACCAUGGCCCAGCGAGCGCGAGCUGCCGUCUUGGACGAGUUUGCGGAGAAGAAAGGUUUUCUGGUUCUACUCAUCAGCCUUCGGGCGGGUGGCGUCGGCUUGAACCUAACGAGCGCCGGUAGGGUGUUCAUGAUGGACCCCUGGUGGAGCUUUGCCGUUGAGGCGCAGGCAAUUGACCGAGUACACAGGUUGGGGCAGGAGGGGCAGGUGUUGGUCAAGAGAUUCAUCGUCAAGGAGAGCGUGGAGGAGAGGAUGUUGAGGAUUCAGGAGAGGAAGAAGUUUAUUUGUGGUAGCGCAACUUCACUAGGAAUGAUGAGCGACGAGGAGAAGAAGCUGCAGCGUAUCGAAGACAUCAAGGAGUUGCUGAGCUAG